AUGUGCGCAAGUUCGCGCGCAGGGGCCCGGGAACCCUUCUGGAGGGACAUUGCACGGAUAGAUAGGCUGAUUUACGAGUACGAAAAAAAAGUACAAGCUUGUGAUCAUAAAAAAAGGCAAUGCUACAGGCUUCUAUCCCUGUGGACCGACUAUGACAACUGGUUGAGUGAGACGUGCAAAAGGUAUGAGUGGAAGGUACGUGCGCUAAGGAGGGUGCAGACAGGCUCGAUGGAAAGUGCCACGCGUCAAGAUGAGAAGUGUAGUAGCAACAUAAAUGAGUGUGCCCCGAGUAGAACCCCAUGUGCGGCAUCCUACCACUCUAGCUACUUAUCCAAAUGGACCUCCGUCCAAUCUACGGUGGGGGAACGGCUGCGUAAAAAAAGGAAGGAAACAAAAUUACGCGGUAGGAAGCUAGCGGGGGAAAAAACAAGGGUGAAAAUAAAAGGUCAGAGAAAACCCCAAUUAAAGUGUACACGCAGAAAGGAUGAACCCUCUAGACGCGGUAAUCAAAAGGUGCAGGAAGAUUGUGAAGGGGGAAACAUAAAGGGGGGGUAUUCCCUCGAAGGACUGGAGAAGGGGCAAGAGGGAGGAGAGGAGAACAACGGGGACGACGCGGCUGAACACAAUCGGGAAGAAGUAUACGAGAAUGGAGGUGAACUGCUGGGUGAAGCGAAUCAAACGUUAGAGGAAACUGAGGGGGGAAGGGAAGCAGACAGUUCGGAGAAGAUUCAUCCAAAUGAGCAAAGUAUGGCUGUCGACAGGGCAGGUGCACAUGAAGCACUAGAGGAAGGAAAAAUAUAUUCAAGUCAGGAUACAGAAAAGGAACCCUGUCACAUGCUGCACAACCCUGUGGGUGAAAAAAAUGAGAACAGCUUGGAAAUGGUGCCAAGUGAUAUUGGGGGAUGUCCACAUACAAUGGGGAAAGAUGAGGAAGAGGAAAAUAACCAAUAUAACGAAUUGGAGUUUUCGGAGGUGCACGUGAGGGAAAUUAUACUGGAAGAAGGAGACACACAAAGGGGUGGAAGCCCCGAGGGGAGGGAAGACAUGGCAGAGGUGAGAAAAAAGGCAGAAAAGAGGAAAAGUACGCGAGGAACGGAGAAAAAGACAAAGGGUAAAAAGGAGGGGCAUAAGAAGGGAAAUACAGAGGAGAACAGGGCCCGAAAGAGGGAGGGAAAAAAAGCUAAGGGGACAAGGCUGCAGAAGGAGAAGCAGACAAUGAUGGAGGAGGGGGAGGAAGGAGAAAAGGCACCGGAGCAGAACAUGACAAAAGCAACGGAGAAAAUGCUGGAUGAAGGGAAAGAGAUAAAGGUGGAAGAACAAUAUGAUGUUAAGAUGGAGGAAGAAAAGGAAGAAAAUAUUGAACAUGAAAAAGAGAUAAAGCUAGGGGAAGAACAAGAGACAACGGUAAAUGAAGGAAAAGACAAAAAUAUAGAAGACGAAAAGGAGCAGAAGGUGGAGGAAGUGGAGGAGGUGAAGGUAAAGGAAAAAACGGAAGACGUAAUUGAAGUUGAAGGAAAUGCCAAAUUGGACGUGGAAAAAGAGGCGAUGGUGCAAGAAAGAGGGGAAAUGUAUACGGAGAAAGAGAAGGAGAAGAAGGUGUCGGAAGACUCAACGAUUAGGGAAGUCACGCAGCAAAAUAUCGAAGAUGAAGGAGAAGCGAAAGUGGACGCGGAAAAAGACGAACCACGGGAAAUGUUAAACCAAGUUGAACAAAAAAAAAGCGACAGUGAAAACGAGCCGGGGAAGACAGCGGAGAACGAAAUCGUUCAUCAUAUUCUCAGCGAGUAUUCCAACACAAUUCAGUACACGAGUUUUCUCGAUUACAUAAAAAAUAAAAAUGACCCAGAGUAG